CUAAGCCAGAAAUUCCCACAAUUGUGGAAAACAACACCAUGGAAGUCUUGGGAGAGAAAAUAUUUACCUGCUCACUAAAGAAUGUAUUUCCGAAAGCAAACCUAACAUGGCUUAUAGAUGGGAGGUUCCUUCAAGGUGAAGAAGAAGGAAUAUACAUUGCUAAUGAAGAGAGAAAAGGCAUGAGUGGAUUUUGGGAACUGAAGUCUGUUUUAACAAGAAUGCAUGGUAAUAAGCCAGUCAUAUCAAACAACCUGACAAUUUGGUGUAUGGCUCUGUCUCCAAUCCCUGGAAAUAAAAUGUGGUACACCUCAUCAGAAAAGAUCACUUUUUCCUUGGGUUCUGUGAAUACUACAACAGAUCCUCAGCUCAGUGUGACAGAAUCUACCCCAGGCACCCAACCUUUUCCAGCCAACAGUGUGACUCCUACAAGAUAUCCAGCUGUAUCUUCAAACACCCUCACAGAUGUGAGUGCAUCAGCACCACACACUACCCCUCAAACCAGCAAUUCAAGGGUGACUACCCAAGGCUUCAAAGACUCCUGGACCUCCAGUGGAACAGAGGCCAUAAAAUCAGUUUCACAGGUACCCAGUGAAACUCAUACUUCCAGUACCACAGAUGCAAUCUCAACAUUUCAUGAUGAUGUCUUCACUAGCACAACCAGAGAAUUUUCAGAAGUCCCCACAACUGCCAAUGGAGCUACUAAAAACAAUCACAACCACAUCACCAGUACUGUGGUAAAUAAGCCCAAAGAUCGGGAUGUCCUGGCCAGUGAUUAUAGCAGUUUUGCUGUUUUUCUGCUUGGUAUUGUUUGGACUUGGAGUAAGAAAAUGGUGCCAGUACCAAAAAGAAAUCAUGGAAAGACCCCCACCUUUCAAGCCACCACCACCUCCCAUCAAGUACAUGUGCAUUCAAGAGCCCAUUGGAAGUGAUCUACCUUGUCAUGAGAUGGAGACGCUCUAGUCCUUUGAGACUUUUCCACACAGCAGAGCUCUGCUAAAAUCCUAUUGAGAAGGUAGACGUUAUAUUUUAUUAAUAUAAUAGCCCUCCAGCCAAGCCUCUGCUGCAGCUGAAAUGAAUGUCAGAAGUGAAAAACCUGUUUUGUCAGCAACUUGCCCUCUUCCAUCUGCAUGUGUCUGAGAUCUAAGCAAGAUUGAGAGGAUAUAGCAGUGCACACACCCAACGUACAUUGUAGGGGUUUUCUUGCUUAUGUUAGAGGUGCAUGUU